AUGACUCAUGAAUCGACGACAGGAAAAGUUAUCGGGAACUUGCAUCAUGAGAUUGAGUAUUUAAAAAAGGAAGUAGCGGAUGCCAAAACUCAGAUACAUGUAGCGAAAGUUGCUAGGGAUCGGGCAGAUCGACAAGUACAAGAACAUUCCGCAUCACAUCAAACAUUAAGACUUGAAAUUGAUUCUCUAAAACGAAUGUUGGAACGAAAGGAAAGACAGGUAAAAGAAUUGGAAGAGAUUUCGAAGGAACAUGAAAGAAAAAGAAUGGAUCUAAAAUCAGAACGAGAUAAUACAAACAUAAGAUUACAAGAAUCAGAAUCAAAAGCUUCUAACUUGGAACACCAACUGGCUUUGGCAUUGUUAAGUAAGGAACAAGCAGAACUGCAAUAUCAAUUAUUGACAAAGGAAAUGAAAAAUUUUAAACAACGUUAUGUUGAAGAUGUUGAAUUAAUUAAAAAAGAAUUCCAAGAAUUAAGAGAAGAAAUGAAUUCAACAGCAAAAGAAUUGGAAGAUGUUGUUGUGGAAGCAGGCGCAAAAAUUGAAGAGAUAACGUCACAAAGACAAGUAGAAGUUGAGGAACUACAAUCCAUUCAAGCUAAGCUAAGAGAAAAUCAAGAAAAAUCGUUUUCAAGGAUUCAAAGUGAAGUUGAAAUGGUUAAGAAAGAUGUUGAAAUAUCGAAUCAAAAAACAAAAGCACAUACUGAUAAAAUUACAUAUAUUCAAAAGGAAUUAAGUGGAAAAAUGAGUUGGCUACGAAGUAUUUAA